AUGACCCGUCUCACGACUAUCUUCACAGCGCUAUUCGUGCUCUACUCCCUCCCGCUAACCUUGGCCUGGACUUUUGUCUGGAGAAAUGCCACCGAUAUCGCCACCGUCGAGAACGGUACCAGCGCGCAGCGCUGUAAAACGAUCGAGCAAGCUGAAAAUAAGAUUUACAAAUUCGACGCAAAGGGCAGCCUCGUCCGCCUCUUCCUGUAUGGCUCAUCGAACUGUACAGGCGAUAUUAUUGAGACAUCCGGAGAUAGCCUCACGAGCAAUUCGACGGUUCCGAUUCAUGGGUUCGCGGUCAUUGAUCUAAAGGGAGCAAACACCAGCAGCAGUGGUGGUGAGCUCGCACCCUUUCCUGGAGAAGAUUGGUUCAAGUCAUCACCCAACAGUCCUGUGGUCACCGCCAUGGGGAAAAGACUUGUCGCAGAAAAUUGUGGGAAAUAUCGCGUGAGACCGGGGCCACAGUGGUCUGAUAUUGACCGGCAGUCCUAUCAAUGCUGGCAGGAAAAGCUGGGGUAUAGCGAUGAUGAUGCUGAUGGGUGGCCCGGCAAGGCAACUUGGGACCAACUAAAGGUUCCUCUGACAGUCACGAGUGACCUCGGGAGCUCUUCCACGGCGACGAAGACACCGUCCAGUACGAGUGCUAGUACGAACAAUCCGACGGAUACAUCUGCCCCGCAUAAAGAUACCUCUUCUAAAUCGUCGCUUAGCGGAGGAGAAAUCGCCGGGGUUGUUGUGGGAUCUGUGGUCGGAGUAGGACUUAUUGGGGCUGUGAUCUAUCUCUCGCGUCGGGUGGGCCGACGCGGUGCUUUGGCUUCUGGAGAUCUCGAGCCAGAGCCACAGCCAAAGAGAGGCGAUGGCCGAGUGGAAGAAUCAAAAAAGCCAUCGGUGGAGCACCUUCCCACGGAGACUGGGGCAGUCUCUAUGAAGAAGGAGAAUAUGCAUGUUGCUGAGCUUUCGGGAGAUAUGACAGUGGCAGAAUUGAGUGAUAGUCGGAGGGUCCUUGAGAUGGGAGAUGGGAGAUUGUCACAAAUAGGAUGA